AUGUCAUCGACGUCCCAUCUCAACAUCGAGGAUAUCCCCAAGAAAUACUUGAUGCCGUUGCCCAAGGAGCCUGGUGAAGGUCUGCGGGUCAACGGUAAGGACUACAAGAUCAAGAAGGACGCCUUCCGCGUCAAGUCGUUGGGGGUCCGCAAGCUCCUGACGUGGGAAACCCGCCAGAAGGAACGGAUGGCUCAGGCCCAAUUCAAGGCUAAGUACAAGGAGUUGAAGGAGGAAAAAGCCAAUGCUCGCCAAGCCCGUAUCGACGAGAUCAAGCGUCGUCGUGAGGCAAAGGAAGAGAAGGAACGCUACGAACGGAUGGCGGCCACCAUGCAUGCUAAGAAGGUUGAGCGUAAGAGAAGAAAGGAGAAGAGAAACAAGGUCCUCAAGGAACGCUGA